UUGCUCUUCCAGAACCUAACACUCAUAACUCAUUUGUUUGAUUCUAUUCCCAAAAUCAGUCAUAUAUAUUCGGUUUUAGUUCAUUAAAAUUGAAAUUAAACCCGUCGUUUAACGGAAAUCGGAAAUCGGAAAUCGGAAAUCGCCUCCUUAGAACAGAACGAACUCGAGUUCAGUUCACCGGUACGGCACAGCCGGGGAGCGUCGCUCCAUUCUCAUUCUCGAUUCUUAUUAUCAUCACGAUUCAAACGCCCCCAAAUAAUGGAACGAAUUCCAGCAGCAUGUGCAAUGGAAUGGAGCAUCGAGCUCGAGAAAUCACUCCGCUCAACAACUGACAAAUCUCUCAAAACUAUUAAACAACUCGAGUCAAAACUCAAUUGGUGGAACAGUGAACCCAGGUUAACAGCCGCAGAGUACAAUUUCUUUAACCUCCUCCCCGGAGAAGAUAAUCUCUACGCUAAUGCGAUACUUUUUCGGCUUAUUGAUGCGUUUAGUAGGCGCGAUAAGCAUUUCAAAUUGUGUAUUGCGAAAGUUUUUAUGUCGGAGUUUAAGCAUCGGAAGAAGAGGGGGAGUGCGGAUGGGGUUUUGUCGAGAAAUCGGUUUGUUAAUUAUUUGGAAUUGUUUAGGAGAGUUAAGUUGGUUUUCGAGAUUGGGGAUGUUGAAGUUAGGUCAUUGUGUUUGAGUUUGUUUGGGUGUUGGGCGAAUUUUGCACACGAUAAUGCGGAAAUUAGGUAUAUAAUUCUGUCCAGCUUGGUUUCGGGUGAUGUUUUGGAGGUUAAGGCCGCUUUGUUUGCUGCUGGAUGCUUUUGUGAAUUGUCGGAAGACUUUGCCUGUGUUGUUUUGGAGAUGGUGGCUAAUAUGGUUUCAUCGUGUCAUGUAGCGGAGGAUGUGAAGAUUGCGGGAGUGCGGUGUUUAGCUAAAGUCGGGUACUCAUAUACACUCGCAAUUAAAGCUUAUGAGACAGGUCUAAAGUUGCUCUCAGAUUCCUCUGAAGGGGACCUCUCUGUUGCCAUGCUAAUCUCACUUUCGAGGAUUGCUGUCAAAUCAAGGCUAUUAACUUCUACACAGGUGAAAGUGCUCUUUUCAUUUUUAAGCCAAGAUAGAACAUUCGCUUUACAAGCAACAUCAUUAAAAUGUCUGCGGUACAUUGUAGCAAGAGGUUCACAUAAUUUUCAAGCAAGUAUAGAUGUAGUCAGGAUGCUAUUAUGCAGGCUGAGUGAAUCUACAAUUCCAUCAGCCUUGCAAUGUGAUGCUCUUCAGAUUUUGCACAAGAUCAUUUUACUAAAUGUUUUCAGUUUUUCCUACCAUGACAUGCUUGAACUGCUUUCUGAGUUGUUGGUGGUCGUUGAGAAUGAUAUUCAAUCCUCCACAUUUCUGAACAGCGUCUUGUAUGUUCUAGUAGAUAUAUAUUGCAAGUUCGUGGAAAGAGCAGAUUCAAAGGUAAAUGGAGAAAAGCUGCAUCAUCUGGAAAGAGCGGAUCCAAAGGUAAAUGGAGAAGAGCUGCAUCGUCUGGAAAGAGCAGGUUCAAAGGUAAAUGGAGAAGAGCCGCAUCAUCUGGCAUCACGGAUGAUCUCUUCCAUCGUUUAUAGAAUCUUCUUGGUAAAGGAAGUAUCAGAAGUAAAAAGUUUGCUAAACCUCCUAAUUCACCUAGUUCAAACACCUAUGGUUCUUGCUGGUCUGGUGCUGGAAAAGAUUAUUGAUUCUGUUAAAUUGAUGAGCAAAGGGAAAAGAACUUUGUCAAGUCAUGGGACUGAAUAUGGAGAAAAGCUUAUGUUAUAUAUUUGCGAAGUUUUAAUUUACUGCCUUGAUAAAGUGGACAAAACUGGCGUCUUGACUACUGAAGUCCAUGCCCCAAUGAAGCUUCUAGUGGAAGAUGCACAUAGGUACAACUCAUUUGACUGUAAUACCCGCAUAGUCUCUUCCGUCUUGUAUAUGUCUUAUAUUGCACAUAGUUGCUUGUUGAACAAUAUCAAAGAAACUGACAAUUUUAAUAAGACGGGGGCAUCUGAUCAGAGCGACUUUGUUCAGCUUGCAAUUUCAACCCUUAAGUGCUCCAGUGAACUUUUGACAAGGAAGGAUAACUGGUUGGCUUACAAAGCUGGAAAAUCUGCUGCAUGUCAUGGAACCUGGUUUGUAGCUGCUUUUAUAUUCCGCAAACUAAUAAAAUUGGCUCAAUCUCAUUCUUGUGUCUCAUGGUUGAACUUGUUGGCGGAUUUCACUCAUUCUGAGAUGCAACUCCAGUUUCUUCUUUUCCCAAAACAAUGCUCUGACUUGUGGACCUAUUUAGAGAGUCAUGGGAUCUCUACUUCCACUCUGGGCUCAGCUAACCAUCAUGAUAUUAUUGUUAAUGCCUGUAAGAUCCUUCACUCUUCAGAGGAAGUGCUAAAUUUAACCAGCAGAUCUGCUAUUUGUUUUAGCUUCCAACAUUGGUUCAUAUCCCUGAGAUUAUGUAUUCUGGAAAAUGUUGUUGAUAUGUUUAGACUUUUGGAUUCCAUCAGUGAUGCCAAAGACCAUAACAACCAACAUACAAAAGAAAUUCAUUUGGUCGAAAAUUCACAAUGCUCUCAAACUUUGAACUCCUUGGUGCAUCCUCUCACUCAGAUAUCAUUAAAUUUCAAGAAGCUAGCACAAGAACUUGACUUGAUUGCCAUAUCAUUUUUUGGUAUGGAUAACAAAAGUGUACUGAUUAUUUCAGCAUUAGCAUUGAGUUGUUCAUUGUUGGCAUUUAGUGUUGGAUUUGUUCUUUGUAUUCCCAGUAUGCAAGCUAUGAACUGUUUUACACAUUUCGGUUCAGCAAAGUGCAAGGACAGUUUAUAUCCGAUGCUUAUACUAGAUCUUUUAAACCGCUUGUGGCAUGUAGAUCGUGAAAUCAGUUCCAAGCUCGUGUUGCUUUUUGAUGGGUGUGGACCGCCUAGGAGCUCUCAUACCCCGCAACCCAAAAAUCAUAUAUGGGACACUGGUUAUAAAACAAGAAAUUUAGUUACACUAUGUAGUUUUGCUGUUGGACAAGCUGUUGGCUUGCAAAAUGAUGUAAACAGACUACAUAACAAUACUAUCUUACCGCAACAGGCUAUUGAUGGCUUCCAUCUUCUGUUGAACAUUACCAAGGAAUGGAUGCAAAUUCCCUUUCUGACUCCCAGUUACUUCUUUCACAUAAGGUCUCCUGUAUCUUCUCAGCUAUUUACUUCAAAUAUAGAUGCAAGACAUGGAGAUGGAUUAUCUAUUUGUAAAGGGUCUCAUCUUUCGUUGAAUCUUUGCCUUCAGUUGAGAAACAUGCCACAAGAUCUGUCAUCACGGCUGCCCAAGCUGUACUGUGUCCUCUCUACUAAUGCAUCUUUGCAGGUACCCUGUCCUAUUAAAGGAGAAGCUAAACCAAAAUUAGGUUUUCAAGAUUGGAGAACUGAUGAUUUAAUAGAUAUGAACAAGAAACUAUAUCAAUACGUGAUAGGGCACAAGAGCAAGACAACUCUGCAUGGUAGUGAUGAUUCUGAUGAUUGCCAAAAUCGGGAGGUGUUGAUGUGUUUUGAAACUAACAUGAAAGGUCAAGGGUUCUCAACCUGUUUACUGGAUGUCUCUGAUUUUCCUGUUGGUUCAUACAGAAUUAAAUGGCAUAGCUGUGGUAUUGACAGCCAGGGUUCCUAUUGGAGUCUUCUUCCUUCAAAUUCCGGUCCGAUAUUUACUGUACAUUGAUCUUUUUUCUCUUGUCCAAUGAUUCCAUUCUGGUCCACAAAAGCUUGCAUAAUCCAGUUGAUGUUCCAUAUCAUGGUCAUUUUGAUUUAUGCCUUCAUGGAUUUUUUUUUGCAAUGGGUCGUAAUGGUAUGAUGGCUUUCGAUCUAAACAAAGAGGUUUUUGUUUGCCACAUUAAGCUUCCCUUCAUUUCUUUUAAUGCACGCUUCACUGACUUCAAUGAUUCUUUUGCUGUCUAUAUGUUCGAAUUUUGGAGAGUAAGAUUAAAUUGUGGACACUAGAUGAUGAGGCAUGCCUUCGUGGUAGUGGGGUUGAGGUAUCAUGGACGUUAAUGCUGAGUACUGACGUAGGUGUGGAAGUAGUAGCUGUUGAGGGCCUUUUCAACAAUGUUGAAUUUUUAGUCAUGGCUGGAAGUGGUGAGUGGUUAUUGUAUGACCCUAAAAAGAGGACUAGAGGGGUUCCUCAUGCUCCUGUUCUUAGAACUUGUCAAAAUUUUAAAUUUGGAGAGAGCCUAUUUUUUGUUGCAGGAUCCAAACGAGUUGAGUGGACUCUGUCAUAUUCAAGGUUGCAAGAUGAGUCGGGCUCGGGUGUGGAAAUUGAUGAAUAAUGUAUCCUCAUUUUAUUACAAAGAAGACUACUGUGCACUGUCUGCUUCAUGCGAAAGGGGUGGCCACAAGGGAGGUUUAAGUAUGCUUAUCCUUGCCCCAAUUUUAUCAGAGUAUCUUUCCGUUAUCAAAGUCUGAUACAACUAGUCGAGCUUGUAUCAACACUAUUUAACUUUUAGUAUGCUACUGGUGUGAGGUGUCUACGUAUCCGUUUCCAGAAACUCAGCCUCUGGCAGGCACUCUACUAGUUUGGUAAUUUAAUACUAGUCUUGUAAAGAAUGCUAUGGUUUGCUUUUAGAUGUCGAACCUUUCCUGAAGGUCCCAGUACCUGACCGAACCCAACAGAAGAAACAGAUGUUAUGUACUAAUUUGAAAAUUUUCAAAUGUUAUAUAUGUUGCGAAUAUUAUAAACAAGCCUUGCCUUUUUUUAGAUGUAUUCGAACAAAGACAGCCCCUAUCUUGCAAGGGCUUUUUACACAAGCUUAUAUUGUUGUUACCGGAAAGUCGAGAUUCUUGUA